AUGUCUUUGUUCACCGUUACGGCGACCGUUGCCUCCAAAACAACAGACUUGGUUUAUGCAUCAUACAGCAGCACGACCACCCCGACUGGAGAGCCGGAAAUAUAUCGAGUUUUUCCGUACUACACCUAUAAGCCUAAUUUGGGCGCAGGAGCACUCUUUGCAGCGCUUUUCGGCAUCACGUUCGUGCUGCUAUGUGUGCGGAUCGGUUUGGGAUGCAAGAACCGCAACCAAGUCGAGCGGCAGCUGGGAUUGGCCGAGUUUGACAAGGAAGCAAGACAGGGCCCAAUCGAAGCCGGUUUCACGCCAGCCACACCCUGCACUAAUACAAGGCUAGUUACAAAAUUCAUUCCUUUGCUCAUUGGGGUUCUCACGGAGUGCGGUGGGUACAUCGCACGGAUUGUGUCGAGAAGCGAUCUUUUUGCACUAGGUCCGUACGUGGCCCAAACAGUGAUGCUACUGGUGGCUGCAGCGUUUAUGGCAGCAACCAUCUACAUGAUCUUCGGCCGACUCAUGAUCUUGAUGAACGCUACAAAAGUUUCGUUCGUGCCCAUUCGGUUCAACACAGCCAUUUUUGUUGGUGCCGACGUGUUGAGUAUUCUUCUGCAGGGCGCCGGUGGUGGUAUUCUUGGUACCUCUGACGACAAAAAGUUGGGUUCCGAUAUCGUCAUCGGAGGCCUCGCUGUUCAGGUGUUCGCUUUCGGGCUUUUCGUCAUCACCGAGCUCCGUUUCCUGUUUUUAGCUGACAAGGUUUCGCCCUUGACAUCCCAAAUAUCAAGACAGUGGAGAAUUUUGAAUUAUAACCUAUUCGUGUGCAGUCUUUUGAUCUUGGUUCGGUCAAUCGUCCGACUUGUCGAGUUUGCUCAGGGUUGGGGCGGUUACCUUAUGGACCACGAGUGGUGCAUAUACGUGUUUGAUGCUGUACCCAUGUUUUGGGUGAGUAUACUUUUCUUCAUCACUUUCAGCAAGGGAAACCUGUUCAGGGUCGAGUUUGAGUGCACCUCCAUGCUUCAAAGCCGCAGAAGAACCGGAAGCAUAGCAUCGGCCUAA